UAUACCUUCAUGCAGCGCUGUUCGAAAAAAAUCGGAAAGUCCCCGAUUAGUUUCCAACAGUGCUCAAUUCACUUUCGUUUUCACUUGUAUGCUGAGUAACUGUGCCGUUGUAGAAAGAGUUCAGGUUCCAUAAACAGCUUUCACACGAUUUAGUUGUGUCUACGAGGUUGAUACCUGUUUGGUUUAUGCAGACGGUAUUUUCCUGCAGUCGCGAUUAACUUGGAGCGAUCAAUCCACCCACACUGAGAACGAUGACUUCUUUAGAUAUACGGCCAGAAUCGAAGAAACAGGUUGAUGACUUCUGCAAGCACCUUACCAAGGAGGCAGAAUCUCUGGUCUCAACAUUCUUCCCUGAGAAGAUUGCGGAGAUGGAGAAUUUGCUACAGGCUUCCCUGUGCAUAGAGGACCUGUCUACACUGAAGGCCCCCUUGGACAUUCCCAUACCCGACCCUGUCAAAGAGGAGCUGAAACGGAAGAAGAAGGAGGAGAAAGAGGAAAAGGAAGGGAAGAAGGAUAAAGAUAAAGACAAAGACAAGAAGGAUAAAGAGGAAGACGAGGAAGGCCCGAAAUGCGGCCCUGUCGCCUGCAAUGAGAAGGUGGAAAGCCUGCUGAAGGAGAUCAAACCUCACAUCCAGACGCUCAAGGAGAAACUCAACACUGUGUCCAUGUGGGUGCAGCUUCAGAUUCCCAGGAUUGAAGACGGGAAUAACUUCGGCGUGGCUGUGCAGGAAAAAGUAUUUGAAUUGCUGACCAAUACUCGCACCAAGAUAGAGGGAUUCCAGACACAGAUCUCCAAGUACUACAGUGAGAGAGGGGAUGCAGUGGCCAAAGCAUCCAAGCAGCCACAUGUGGGGGAUUACCGGCAGCUGGUGCACGAGUUAGACCAGCACCAGUACUGUGAGCUGCGCGUCGUGGUCCUGGAGAUCCGCAACACUUACGCUGUGUUGUAUGACAUCAUCAGCAAGAACUACAACAAGAUCAAGAAGCCCAGAGGAGAUUCGAAGGCUCUGAUUUACUAGUCCAUCGUGUACUGUACUCGCAGAAAAACACACCAGACACACUGAAUAACUCAGCGCAGCACGUUUUACACACAUUCUGAAGACCCUGCUGUAUGAACAUAUUUCUGACUCCUAUUUACAAAUAAAGCGGUGACAUUAAGUGAAA